AUGCAUGUACCUCAAAUGACCGGUGUGAGUGCCGUGCCGAUGGUCAAGACAUCUUCGACCGCCCUGCACCUAACGCCGCAGGGCUUGCAAGACAACGUCUCUGCGAGCCCCAGAGACAAUAAACAACUUUCGCGCAGCGCCCAAAAGGUACGCGCCAAUGAGCGGCUCGCCGUGCCUGAUGCGCUCUCGCUUCUGCGUCGCAGCGCAUUAUCCCAGGUGCUUUGA